CCCAGCCAGCCGGGACGCCCCACACCGGCCAGGCCUCCACCCAGGGCUCCCUGGACCAUGGCCCGAUCCCCGCUUCACCCCGCUCUCUCCAUCUGACCCUCCACCUCCUCCCCAACCCUCCUGGUUCCUGGCUCUCCUUUUGCUCCAGUCUGUGGGUCCCAGACGCGCGCCACGUCGGGCCAGCGGCUUGGAUGGACACGCAGCGGCCGCCCGGGCGUCCAGGGGUCUUGCUUCCAAAGUUAGUCCUGCUCUUUGUCUACGCAGAUGAUUGCCUUGCUCAGUGUGGCAAAGACUGUCGCUCUUAUUGCUGCGAUGGGCACACACCCUACUGCUGCUCCUACUAUGCCUACAUCGGGAACGUUCUCUCGGGCACUGCAAUCGCUGGCAUCGUGUUUGGAAUCGUGUUCAUCAUGGGGGUCAUCGCAGGCAUCGCCAUCUGCAUCUGCAUGUGCAUGAAGAACAACCGGGGAACCCGGGUAGGCACCAUCAGAACUGCUCACAUCAACGCCAUCUCCUCCUGUCCUGGGGCUCCACCCCCCUACACUUAUGACCAUGAGAUGGAAUACCAUGCAGACUUGCCUCCUCCAUAUUCCCCGAUGCCAGUGGCUUCUGUACAGCGCUCUCCACCCCCUCCUUAUCCUGGAAAUGCAAGAAAAUAAUCCCCCUGGAACAGUGUUAAUCAGUGGUCUUGCCUGGAAGAAAAUGGCUCACCUCGGAAUCAGGCAGAAAAUGAUUGCCCUAAGGAAUACUUCAGGGGGUCAGAUCGCAACUCAGAUGGAAUGCCCAUGUUCUAAAAUGCUGCUUUCCCAUUCUGCUCAGAGCUGACACUCUGUCUGGUUCUAUGGAAUUACACCUUGAAAGAUCAAUUGAUCUACUUAAGUAUAUUCAGACAAGAAGAAUGAAAUUGACAGAACAUCUAGCCUGUUGUUUAAGGAGGAGUUGAAGAAUUGAUCCUGGAAAAGAGAAGACAGAAGAGGAACACAAGCAUAUCCUGUCCCAUAUAAGGAAGAAGCUUUAUUUUCUGUAGCUUUAAAAGUCAAACCUAGAAUUGUUCAUUAUUUCAGUCACCCAGAGGUGUAUCCUGAGUUCCUCAUAGCCUGCUGUGUGCCGGGCACUAUGCUAGAGGCCCCGGAGUGGAGGUCACUGGGGAGUUUAGGUUUUAGUAAAGGCAUACCUCAUUUAUUACACUUCGCGUUAUUGCACUUUUCAGAUAUUUCAUUAUUUUUUACAAGCUGACUGUGGCAAUCCUUCGUUGAGCAAGUCAAUCUGUGCCAUUUUUAUAAUAGCGUAUGCUAACUUCAUGUCUUUGUUUCACAGUUUAGGAAUACUUACAAUAUUUGUAAACAUUCACAGUGUUAUUAUAUCUGUUAUAGUGAUCUGCUGGUGGUGUGAUUUGUUUUUGUAAAAUUACUUUUGUGUUUGCUUUGGGUUGCCAUGAGCCAGGCCCAUAUAACAUAAUAAGCUUAAUAGAUUGAUAAAUGUGUG